AUGUCUAAAGUGCACUGCGAUGAGGAGCAUUUUGAAGUGCUGAUGCCACAAUUUGCAAGCUAUUGUGAAACUAUAGAUUCAAUAUACCGGUUAAAAACAGAUGCCGACGAUGAAUUAAUUAAAAUUUAUCAAACAAUUGAAAAUAACUUGAUUCAAACAAAAUUAUUCUCCCAUGAUGAUAUAAUAAGUGUUUUAUUAGUAGCAUUACGAUUUAACAAUCGAUUUGUAAUGUCAUAUUACUCAAUCUAUCAACAAAUUAUAGAUGCACAAAAAAAUCAGAUAUUUAACAAACAACAAGUUUCAUUUUUCAAUAAUAUUAAAUCUGAUUUUGAUUCGCUUAUUGAUCAAGACCUAAAACAAUUAUCAGAGGCAAUAUUAAGUGAUGACAUAGAAUUAUUUAUAUCAUACACUCAAAGAGUGGGAUUUGAUAUAAAUAAACAAUUCUCAAAUAAACUAUUUCCUUCAUCAGCAAAUAGUUAUUCAUUAAUCGAAUUAUGUUGCUAUUAUGGGGCUGUCGGUUGUUUUAAAUUUUUAAGGUCAGAACUAGAUGAAGAAAUUUCACCUGCAUGUCUUCAACUUUCAUUUUUAAGUGGAAAGCCUGAUAUCAUGAACGAAUGCUUAAAAUAUCAAACGCCAGAUGAAAUUUGCAUGGAAUAUGCAAUUGCUUCUCAUAACAUUGAUUUUAUUUCUUUUUUGAUGAACGAAUACGAUUUGAGUAUCAAUGUUGAAUUUUGUGGAAAAUAUAAUAACCUUCAUGCAUUUUUAAUUUAUUUGGACCAAACAAACGAUAUCAAUGAAUGCUUUAUCUAUUCACCAAUCUUUCGCAUCCCAUCUCUUUGUGAAUAUUUUCUUUCAAAAAAUGUAAAAAUAAAUGUAAAAGGCUAUAAAGAUAACCGGAAGGCACUUCAUAAUGCUGCAUUAUGUAAUUGCCCAAAAAUAAUGGAAUUAUUACUUACACAUAAUGCUAAAGUCAAUAUAAAAUCGAAAAAUAAAAAAACUCCACUUCAUUAUGCAGCUCAAAAAAAUAACCUUGAAUCAGUAAUUUAUCUUAUAGAUCAUGGUGCAAAAAUUGAUUCAAAAGCUUAUUUUGCUGAAACUCCUCUUCAUUAUGCUGCAUUAAAGAAUUGCCUUGAAACUGUUAAGGUUCUUAUAUCACUUGGAGCAAAUAUCAAUGCAAAAACUGUAAAUAACAUAACUGCGAUUUCUCUUGCGGCACAAAAUAACAAUAAGGAAAUUGUGGAAAUUUUAAUUACGAAUGGUGCAUACAUUGAAUCCAAAGAUUAUAAAGGGAAAACUGCAUUACUAUAUGCAUCAGAAAAGGGUGAUAAAGAUCUCAUAGAUUUUCUAAUUUCUCAUGGGGCAAACCAUUCUUCACAUAGCUGCACAAAAUGGAAAUCAGGAUAUUGUAAAUUCUUUAAUUUCAUAUGGUGUCGAUAUCAACACUAA